AUGUCUGAACAAUCUUCUUUCAACUUAUCCACCGAGUUGCCAGCUUGGAAGCAACUUGAGACCACCUACGAGGCUGUUGGUAAGACCCUCAAGGUCACCGAGGAGUUCUCCUCUGACAGUGAGAGAUUCUCCAAGUUCUCCGAGACUUUCACCAACUACGACGGUUCCAAGAUCUUGUUCGACUUCUCCAAGAACAUUAUCAACGACAAGAUCAAGAACGAAUUGGUCGAGUUGUGUAAAGAGGCCGGUGUCGAGAAGUUGAGAGACGCCAUGUUUAGCGGUGCUAAGAUCAACGAGACCGAGGGCAGAGCUGUGUACCACGUGGCUUUGAGAAACCGCUCUUUGAAGAAGAUGGAGGUUGAUGGCCAGGACACUGCUGCUGAGGUCGAUGCCGUUUUGCAACACAUGAAGGAGUUCUCCGAGGAGGUUCGUUCUGGUCGUUGGACUGGUUACACUGGUAAGCAAAUCACCGAUGUUGUUAACAUUGGUAUUGGUGGUUCUGACUUGGGUCCAGUUAUGGUCACCGAGGCCUUGAAGUCCUACGCUCAACCAGGCUUGAACGUCCACUUUGUUUCCAACAUCGAUGGUACUCACUUGGCCGAGGCUUUGAAGGGCUUGAAUGCUGAGACCACUUUGUUCUUGAUUGCCUCCAAGACCUUCACCACCGCCGAGACCAUCACCAACGCUAACUCUGCUAAGCACUGGUUCUUGGACUCCGUCAAGGACGAGGCUCACAUUGCCAAGCAUUUCGCCGCUUUGUCUACCAACGCUGAGGAGGUUUCCAAGUUCGGUAUUGACACUAAGAACAUGUUCGGCUUCAACGACUGGGUUGGAGGCAGAUACUCUGUCUGGUCUGCCAUUGGUUUGUCCAUUGCCAUCUACAUUGGUUUCGACAACUUUGAGGCUUUCUUGAAAGGUGCUGAGGCCUUUGACGCCAACUUCACCUCCACUCCUUUGGAGCACAACAUCGCCGCUAUUGGAGGUAUGUUGUCUGUCUGGUACAACAACUUCUUCGGUGCUCAAACUCACUUGGUUGCUCCAUUCGACCAAUACUUGCACCGUUUCCCAGCUUACUUGCAACAAUUGUCCAUGGAGUCUAACGGUAAGUCUGUGACCAGAGGAAACUCUUUCACCAACUACCAGACCGGUACCAUUUUGUUCGGUGAGCCAGCCACAAACGCCCAGCACUCUUUCUUCCAAUUGGUGCACCAAGGUACUAAGUUGAUCCCAUCGGACUUCAUUCUUGCUGCUCAAUCUCACAACCCAAUUGAGGACAACUUGCACCAAAGAAUGUUGGCUUCCAACUACUUCGCCCAAGCCGAGGCUUUGAUGGUCGGUAAGAGCGCCGAGCAAGUUGAGCAAGAGGGUGCCAAGGGUGGUUUGAUCCCACACAAGGUCUUUUCUGGAAACAGACCUACCACCUCGAUUUUGGCUCAAAAGAUCACCCCAGCCACUUUGGGUGCAUUGAUUGCCUACUACGAGAUGGUCACUUUUGUUGAGGGUGCCAUUUGGAACAUCAACUCUUUCGACCAAUGGGGUGUUGAGUUGGGUAAGGUUUUGGCCAAGGCCAUUGGCAAGGAGUUGGAUGUUGCUGGAGAUGUUUCCACCCACGACCCAUCCACCAACGGUUUGAUCAACCAAUUCAAGGAGUGGAGCCAAUGA